UCAAUAUUUCGACCAUUUAUCGAAUUUGUCAAGUUGGUCAUCCUUUCAACAAAAUACAAGUUGAUUUCUUUAAGAAAUAGCCUAAUCAUUCCUGAAAAUGACUCGGCAUGGCAAAAACUGUACGGCUGGUGCUGUCUACACUUACCAUGAGCGAAAAAAAGAUACUGAACAAUCAGGAUUUGGCAGUAAAAAUGUUAGACUAGGCAAGGACUCUGUAAAAGAUUUUGACUGCUGUUGCCUGACUUUACAACCGUGCCGAGAGCCGGUCAUAACUCCGGAUGGAUAUUUAUACGACAAAGAGGCUAUACUGGAAUCUCUCUUGCAUCAGAAGAAAGAAAUGGCAAGAAAAUUGAAAGCAUUCGAGAAACAAAAACGCAAAGAAGACGACGAGAAACAUGAGCUUGCGGUGGCCAUGGAGAGAUCCAAAGUUGAGAGCUUUGAAAAGUUUGAAAAAAGGCUGACAACAAAACCAAGCAAUGCCUUUAAAUCUGGGUUUACAACCGGCGAAUCAUCAGGGACGACUUCAACUAGCAAAAAAGGAAAAAAUCUUCCCAGCUUUUGGGUUCCAUCACUGACACCUGAAGCAAGACCCGAUGAGGCCCAAAAACCUGAUUCCAAAACAAGAUGUCCAAUGUCUGGGAAAGCCCUGAGAAUCAAAGAUCUCGUACCAGUCAAAUUUAGCGUGGUUGGUGGUGAAGACAAAUCUCUCAUCACACGAGAAGUUCGCUAUAAAUGUGCAGUCACUCAUGAUGCUUUGGGAAAUGCUGUACCUUGUGCAGUACUGAAAAAUACAGGAAAUGUUGUGACGAUGGACUGUGUUGAGAAUUUAAUUAAAAAGGACAUGUUGUGCCCUUUCACUGGUGAAAAACUAAAAGAAAGUGAUAUCAUUGCAAUUCAAAGAGGUGGAACUGGUUUUGCAGGUUCUGGAGUAGAAUUAAAUGCAAAGAAAAAUGGACCAGCUAUGCAAGUGUAAUAGACAAAAAAUCCUUGCUUAUCCCCAAUAUGUUUUUCAUUUUUCUACUAUUUCUAAAGAAUUUUGAACUGCAACUGGGAAAUUUGAUUUAUCAUAUUUUUUCAAUAGGGUUCUUCUAUAGGAAUAAGGGCCCUCGGCUCCC